CCCUGGCCUUUCCGCCAUCCCUCAGGCCCGGCCCAACAUGGCGCCCGCCCUUCCCGUCAGGCCCCGGGGCCUCCCUCCCAGGACGCUGCUGCUGUACUGGCAUCGGCGCAGGCGCGGAGGGAGGCCCGGGCCGCCCCCCGCCGAGGCCCCGCCCCCCGGCCCGCUCUCGGCCGCCCUGACGCCAGGCCCCAGACGCCUUUGCGCGGCCAAGAUGGCGGCGGCGGCGGGGCCCGCUAACGGGCUGGAGCCCGAGCCCGAGCCCGGACCCGCCUCAGCCGGGGGCAGAGGGCAGGGCCAGCCCAGGAAGAAGCCCUGCCGGACCUGCGUCGACUUCAAGUCGUGGGUCAAGGAACAGAGGAAAUCCAAGCCGACAACCAGCCGGAAAGACGAGAUGCCGGAGGAGCGGACAGACUGUCCCCUGGACCGAGAGGAUCUGGGCCGCAACAGCUGGUCUUUCUUGCACACGAUGGCGGCCUAUUAUCCGGACCAGCCCACCAGCGCCCAGCAGCAGGACAUGGCGCAGUUUAUGAACUUGUUUUCCAAAUUCUUCCCUUGCGAAGAAUGCGCAGAGGAUAUAAGGAAAAGGAUAAAGCGGGACCAGCCGGACACCCGCAGCCGCAGUCACCUCUCCCAGUGGAUGUGCCGCCUUCACAACCAAGUCAACCGUAAGCUGGGCAAGCCCGAGUUCGACUGCUCCUUGGUGGACGAGCGUUGGCGCGACGGCUGGAAGGACGGUUCCUGCGACUAGCCCGGGCCAGGGACCGUUGGGGGGGGACCGGGGCGGGGCGGCACGCUCAUUAAAGCAAGGACCCGUGCCCGCCGAAGCCCGUGUCUGUCUCGGCUGCCCCGGGGGAGCCCGGCCGACUCCGACUCGGCCCCGCCGCGCUUCCGGAGAGAAGGCCUGGGACCCCGAGAAGUCCCCCCGGGCGGCCAAGGUGGUCGGCGGGGGCGGCCCGGUGGUCUUCCCACCUCGUUGGGUGGGAGGGUGACCGCCCAGGCCCCCGAUGCCAUCGGCACCCUCUCCCACCUCCCGCCUGGGAGCCCCCAGUCCACCCUGCCCCGGGGUCCCGCGGCGGGGCUCGACUCGUGCUCCGCCGGGUCCGGGGGGCAAGGUGGGGUCCCCAGGGCCCUCAUCUACCUCCUUUCUCCCUCCUCCACGCCCCCCUCUGCAUCCAAACCAGAGGUCACCUCGGCGAGGAGGAGCCAGGGCGGGCACCGUCUUAGAAACCCAGGACGGGCACCCGUCCCAUCGGGGAGAAACCCAAGCACCA